AUGCCGUCGUACAGCAGCAACGAAUUUGACGCAGACUGGCGCUAUUCUAUUGUACAAGAUUUCGCCACCUCCAAUGAUCAGCCUUACCCAUACGCUGAUAAUGGCCACUUGCAGUGGGGAAAUGAAGUUAAAAAGCUUACCUUUAACGGAACAGCGCAUCUUGCUUGUCACGACAUUCACAUCGUUGACACCGACACCUGGGAGACUAUUGUAGUCCUCAAGGGACAUACCUCGCAGGUCAAUGCCAUCGCUUUCAGACCGGACGAUGCCAACUUACUGGUAUCAGGUGAAACCCAAGAGCGUUCCGACAACGGGCUGGCAUCUCCACCAAUAAUCAUUUUCUGGAACAUAGAACAAGAAUGCACAAAACGCCCCCACACAGAUGACCCAUAUGGGGAUGCUGUUCACGCUGCCGCAACAGCUGCCGCUGAAGGUCUAACCAAGAUUGGAAUCAGCCUGGAUCAAGGCGAGAUCCAAGAACUGAAGACCGGGUUCCAACCCGUUAUAAAUCGUGUCAUCGCCAGGAACACGGCGGCAGGUCAUGUCACUCUUGAUGGUCGGCUACAAAAGCACUUCCAGUCUAGGACUUUCAGCCCUUCUGGCAGAUGGAUGGUGUACCUGCCCGGAAAGUCACCUCAAGCAAACGGGGAUGUCCCGUGGCAUAUUCGGAUUGUGUCCACCAACACUCUUGACGAGAGAUUCACUCUUAAAGGUCAUACCGACGCAAUCAUGUGGAUGGGUUGGAGCCCUGAUGAGACAUUAUUCGCUUCUAUCUCAUGGGACUGCUCUAUUCGUAUAUGGGAUGCUGUCACAGGCGACCAAAAGCACUGUUUCGAGACUGAAACUCAGAACUGGACAGGCAACUUUUCUCCCGAUAUGAACUAUUUCGUGGUAACGGACGGGAAAGGCAACGUGAGAGUCUUUUCUUUGCCCUCGGGUGGAGUUCACUGGAUGUAUGAAGGACAACAAAGCAACGGUUGGAGACGAACUGUCAGCUGGCACCCAAACAGCCAGUUGCUUGCCGUAGGUGGAGAGAGAUUGGGCGAGCUUCUUUUACUCGACGUGGUGGAGAAAAGACUGCUGCAGAAAAGAGUUCUAUCAACAGAUGCCUGCACAAGAGACGAGGAACAUCGCAAAAUGAUGCCGCGGUUUCUGGGGGUGACAAAAGUGCAGUUCGUCGACAAUGGGAACAAACUGGCAAUUUGUACCUACGGUGAUGGAAGCAUUGAACUUUAUGAUAUCCAACAAGAGGUCAAAUGGAGGUUUCCCAGGGGUGGUACAGAUGACGGACCAGAAGCGCGUGAAUGGAGAGAUGACAAAGGCAAGGUCACAAGUAAAAGAGGUCAUGGCAUGCUGGUAUGGGAGGAUCGUUCGAAAGGUGUACUGAGAAUGACCAGUCUUGAUUUUGAUGGUGUUCGCGUUUGGGAAGUGCCGCUGACUCUUUGA